GUUGGGGCUGGCGUUUGGGUUUAAGCGGUUUGGGAGCUGGUAGGUGGCGCAUCAUGACGAGCGAAAACCUGACCUAACGCGCCCUCGUUCGCGGCCUUUAUUGCCGCAUUCUAUAACAUGUAAGUCCUUGCAAUGUUAGCCGUGAAGCUGCUCUUGUUUCUUACAGCUUGGCACGCGCUCACCGGCUCUGCAUUGGCCGCGACGCCUCCAACGGAGGCCACCCCAGACCCUGGAUGCGCUCCCAUUGUAAAUGCGACACUAUACAAUGGAACAUCAUGGAUUAGCGACCGCAUCGUCGACGUCGCGCACACGCGGUCGGGCCGCAUCCGCAAUCGCUAUGAGGACGACACAGUCCGCCACAGUUCGCACGUUGCAAGGAGCUCGCGUGCUACGCGCUGCUCUCACUCGCUGCUGGUCGGGCGGCGGUUCUGUGGGAAGCUGGACUGGGCUGCCCCCACGCAGGGCCACAUCUAUUACCACUUCUCCAGUGGGCACUACACCUAUGAGCCCGACCUGUGCGUGCUGAGGCGGCUGGAGCGAGAUGAGGCGCAGGCGUGCAUGGCGGACGUGGGGCCGGUGCUGUUUGCAGGGGACUCGGUGACACGGUACCAGUUCACGACGUUGAUCCAUUUCCUCGCGUCCGGCAAGUACCAGCACCCCUUCAAUGGCAGCAAGAGCCUAUCGAACGCACAUGCGCACGUGGCGACCACUAACGAUGACAAGUAUGACAAGUUAUGGGAGCACUCUGAAGAUCAGAUUGAGCGGCACAGAAAGGGCAGCGACCUGUUCUACAACAACAAGCGUUAUCAGGGGUUGGAACACGCCCAUUUGACCCUACCUUUGCACGCCGACUCCUCUCGAGAGGCUCACCUCUACUACACAUACGUGGACGCGCACUCGUAUAGGAUUAAAGAGGCUAUAGAAUGGGCCAUGAGCAAGCGGGAUGACUGGCGGUACCUAUUCAUCAACGUCUGCGCCCACUACGGCCCGGCAAACAUGAAAAUGGUGUCACGCAACAUCAUAACCGCGUUCAAGUGGGCCAACCAAACCUACGGCGAGGCGUUUGCAAGGUCGGGCACGCAGCUGGUGUGGAAGGGCUGCACCACGCCCUCCAAGUCUGUCCGAGCAAAGAUUGAUGCGGAAGAGGCGAAGAUUGCAGAGUACGCAGCGUCUGCUGGUGUGGCCAUAUAUGACCUGAGGACGGUGGUUAAGGCGGCCUUUUCCCAGCACCUGGUCACGACGUGGGAUGACAGCACAGUGCACUAUCUGCAGUUCAUGUACGAGCAGUGGAAUGACCUGUUGCUCAACAUCCUGUGCCCUGUACGUGAUGGUGCUGCGGAGGCGGCGGAGGCGGCGGAGGCGGCGGAGGCAUAUGAUGGCAAUGGGGUCGAUGAGGACCCCUUGUAGGCCUUGCGAUCCCCACCGGGGAAUAAGGGCUUGGAGGCGACCUGACACGCGGUUUCCGGAGCCUUGUAGAAUAGACGGCCAGCACCUGCGGGUAACUGGGGCCUGGCUGCGCAUACAGACCAAAGCUGAAAGGAAAUGCAAACAAAAGAACUUGAAAAUCAUAAGAGCCUUGCUGAUUAGGAGUCGGAACGGGGAUGGGGGUCCCGGACGGAGUGUGUGAGUGGCUUGGAACUGACUGUCGUGCAUCUAUCCAUGCCUCACGAAGCACAAAGCACAUUAAUGUGUGGUACGCAUGAUGAGUGUGAAUAAGCAGUAUGGAGCAGUACGGCAAGUGCCAUGGCUCAGCAUCUGGGUACUGUGCGGGUACUUGCGGGUGCAUUUGAGUUGGAAUGUCUAGAGCGUGUGCCACGGACUGAAGAAGCAGGGGGGCGUUGGCCGGUGAAUAUCGUGGGCCUGUUAGAGCUGUGACAAUUUAUAGCUGGGAUGCGCAUUGGACUGCACCGGCUUCAUACCCACACCGUGAUAUCUUACGUUCACAUGCGGGGAUCAGCGCCAGGAGGGGUGGGCCGUCGAGCUGGAAGUGGAGAACUGCUGGUGGAGCUGGAAGUGGAGGGCUACGGGUGCGAGUGCAUACGGCUGUGUUGACGCAAAUAUGAGGAGGGAUUCAAAUGAGCGGGGACCAUCAUAACAAGCUCUAGAAUCAGGGGGACUAGGGAAAGUUCGCUUACUGUUGGGUUUGCUGCUGUCGGCGCCGCUGUCCUGCUGGUACCGGCUCGGCAGGCGAACUGCUGUGGAUGGGUCGGUUGGUGCCUUGAUAAGGGCUUUAACAUUUUUAAAUAUUUAUCGAUUGGCAUUCAAAUGUACCGCUUUCGCUAUGUGUCAGCAUGUAUCAAAAUGCACGCCUGCCUUGUCUGGCUUCGCUCCUGUUCUUCC